GCAUGGGCUGGCAUAUCCAAGCCAGAUGGCGGCGCUUUUCACUCCGAGUUUUUUGAGACCUUGUAAGGAAGUGGGCGCGAGUUGCGCAGAAUUGGCGCCGUCUGAUUGGCCAUCCGUCACUGUGAUUGACAGACUACUGGGCUCCGCCCCUCGCCGCUUUAUUGACGCCAAAGAGCAAGUUCUUCCCACCACUCUCCUGCCUGGAAGUGCUGACAGAUCAAGGCAACAAAUUUCAAUUACAAUCCCUAAUUUGUGUCCGCAGAGUGUUUUUUUACCCAUGUUAGUCCUCUCAGGCGCAUCAGUCGAGGCAGAUUUUAGAGCAGCAGGAGGAGGUGGAGGGGGUGGGAACGAAGGAGUACAUCAGUGAGAGAGAGAGAGAGAGAGAGAGAGAGAGAGAGAGACCGAGGGAAAGAAACUUGGCGGUCGGCUCGUCGCCGGUUCCUCCGAACCCAACCCAAGCGAGAGAGGAAACGCCAAAUUUGUUUUUUGCCCUCUGCAGGGAAGCGGGGAGAUCUGGCACUGAGAACUAUUCAGUUUUGGGGUAGGGCUUCCAAGGAAAGCGAGUGCGUGCGUGUGCCCGCGUGAGUGUAUAUGAGAGAGGGGUGGGCGGGCGCCGGGCGGCGGGGAUGGCCGAGAAGCGGAGGGGCUCGCCGUGCAGCAUGCUCAGCCUCAAGGCGCACGCCUUCUCCGUGGAGGCGCUGAUCGGCGCCGAGAAGCAGCAACAGCUUCAAAAGAAGCGGAGAAAGCUGGGCGCCGAAGAGGCGGCCGGGGCCGCGGACGACGGAGGCUGCAGCCGGGGCGGCGGGGCAGAAAAGGGCUCCUCGGAGGGAGACGAAGGCUCUGCGCACCCGCCGCCAGCGCGGAGCUGCGCAGACUUGGAGCGCAGCUGUGGCUCCCGAGGAGCCGCGGGCAGUUGUGAGGAUGGCUUCCAGCAGGAUGCUUCCCCACUGGAGUCCCCCGGAGGUUCCCCGAAGGAGUCCCCGGCGCCCGCAUCGGCCGGGCCCGAGACCCCGCUGACCUCGCCGCAGGCGCCAAGGGUGGAUCUGCAAGGAACCGAGCUCUGGAAGCGCUUUCAUGAAAUCGGCACCGAGAUGAUCAUCACCAAGGCGGGCAGGCGCAUGUUUCCUGCAAUGAGAGUGAAGAUCUCUGGAUUAGAUCCUCACCAACAAUACUACAUUGCCAUGGAUAUUGUACCAGUGGACAACAAAAGAUACAGGUAUGUUUAUCACAGCUCCAAAUGGAUGGUGGCAGGUAAUGCUGACUCCCCUGUGCCACCCCGGGUGUAUAUUCAUCCAGACUCACCUGCCUCUGGGGAGACUUGGAUGAGACAAGUGAUCAGUUUCGACAAGCUGAAGCUCACCAACAAUGAAUUGGAUGACCAAGGCCAUAUUAUUCUUCAUUCCAUGCACAAAUACCAGCCACGAGUGCAUGUCAUCCGUAAAGACUGUGGAGAUGAUCUUUCUCCCAUCAAGCCUGUCCCAUCUGGGGAGGGGGUGAAGGCAUUCUCCUUUCUGGAAACUGUCUUCACAACUGUUACUGCCUAUCAGAAUCAGCAGAUUACUCGCCUUAAGAUAGACAGGAAUCCAUUUGCCAAAGGCUUUAGAGACUCCGGACGAAACAGAAUGGGUUUGGAAGCCUUGGUAGAGUCAUAUGCAUUCUGGCGACCUUCACUACGAACUCUCACCUUUGAAGAUAUCCCUGGAAUUCCCAAGCAAGGCAAUACAAGUUCUUCCACCUUACUCCAAGGUACUGGGAAUGGUAUUCCUGCCACCCACCCUCACCUUUUGUCUGGCUCCUCUUGUUCCUCUCCUGCCUUCCAUCUGGGGCCUAACACCAGUCAGCUGUGUAGCCUGGCCCCAGCUGACUAUUCUGCAUGUACCCGCUCAGGCCUCACCCUCAACCGAUACAGCACAUCCUUGGCAGAGACCUACAACAGGCUCACCAACCAGACCAGUGAGACCUUCGCCUCACCCAGGACUCCCUCCUAUGUGGGUGUGAGCAGCAGCACCUCUGUGAACAUGUCCAUGGGCAGCACUGAUGGGGAUACCUUCAGCUGCCCACAGACCAGCUUGUCCAUGCAGAUCUCGGGAAUGUCCCCCCAACUCCAAUAUAUCAUGCCUUCACCCUCCAGCAAUGCCUUUGCUACUAACCAGACCCAUCAGAGUUCCUAUAACACUUUCAGGUUACACAGUCCCUGUGCCUUGUAUGGAUAUAACUUCUCCACAUCCCCCAAACUGGCUGCCAGUCCUGAGAAAAUUGUUUCUUCCCAAGGAAGUUUCUUGGGGUCCUCACCGAGUGGGACCAUGACCGAUCGACAGAUGUUACCCCCUGUGGAAGGAGUGCACCUGCUUAGCAGUGGGGGUCAGCAGAGUUUCUUUGACUCUAGGACCCUAGGAAGCUUAACUCUGUCAUCAUCUCAAGUGUCUGCACAUAUGGUCUGAUGAAGCCUUUAAGUUAAAAUGCAUUUGAAUCUGUCUAAUGUAUUUUCAGUCUUUUUUUUUAAAGCACCGUGGAAGGAAAUUAUCUGUAGCUUGUAAAAUGUACAUAUAAUAGAAAAUGAAGGCUCACUGAGGGUUUUGGCUUUCUCAUGGUGAGACUGUAAACUAUCUAUGGUAUAUGUGUAUACUGUAUAUAGAACAUGUGGCAUGUUGAAGCCUCUCUCUUUUCCUUCUACUUCAUCCAGUUGCACAGAGUAUUGGCACACCCAUAGUAUGUUUAAUCAAAUUCUUAGACUCUUUUGAAAAUGAAGUAGUAAACUUGAAACUUGGCAAUGAUACUAACCAGAUGAAGACUUAUAACUUAAUUUAUCAGAAAAAUUGUCUAAACAGUUCAUAUUGAGUUUUUAUAACCAGCCUAACUCUAACUUACAGAGUCUUGUGAUUUCUGUAAUUCUUGGACACAGUGUGGGAACCUAAGUUGCAAAAGCCAGUUGAAGUCUUAGUAUUAGUUUUGAGAUGUUUGUAAUAUGGAUUAGCUUUUGCAUUCCUGCUUAUUCUUAUUUACUGCUAAUAUUAUAUGAUCUCAGAUCUAUAAAAUUUAUAACUCAUAAUUUUUCUAAGGAAGGUGGAGAAGCUUGUGGUUUUUUCCACUUUCCAAAAGGCAAGGAAUACAUUUCUAGUAUUUUAGAUUUUGGAGUCAUUCUAUUUAGUUCAUCAAAUAGGCCACAAAAGAAUAUUCUAUAAACAUCCUUAAAUUCCAGUUUCCACCACAGAAGGAGGAAUAUAUGAGUAAUGAGACAAAGAAAUAAAUCAUUGUCAAAUUAUUUGAUUUCAAUGAAAAAUGAUUAUCUUUUUAAACACAGAGAAAUAAUGUUGUCAGCUAUCCCUUAGGUUUUCAUGUAGCUUGGUUUUUCAUUAGAAUAUUUUUUUCUUUUAUUUUAAAUCCUCCUGACCCAUGUUCUUUGAGUAAGGAAAAGACAUUUAUGCAACUUAUCAUAUUUAUGUCUGGUAACUCCUACAAAUUGAAACUUUCCCCCUCCUUAACCUUAUCCCUCUGUCUGAGUCUUGUCCAAAACAGACAGGUCUUAGGCCUUUAUGGUGUUAAAACUGCAAGGAAUUUCAGAGGGUUAUCUCCAGUAAUCUGUCUUGUGGGGGUUGUAGUGAAAGCCCAAAGCCCAUUAUUAUAAAGGCCCUCUUGGAGUACUAAGGAGGAAGAUACUAAUUAUGAUAAAGGAACCAUAAAACUUUUAACCUCAACAGCAUUUUUAACCUCUGAGGUGAGGCAAUGAAAAUAGUAUUUCUUUUUAGAAACAUCUUUGAAAUAAUAUAUACGUGGCUUAUAAGUUCAAAGUAAGUAAAUUUGGUAGCACAUUAUGAGAUAAAUCAGAAUAGUUAAGAAUGCAUGAUGAAGUACAUUGCUGUUCUGUUGAGAAACUAAAAUGAUAUGUUUUCCCGUCAACUCAUUGCAUUUAAUAUAUGUGACAAGUGAAAAAUUAGUGAUUUCCUUUCACUGCUUAACAGUUGCUUUCAUUCAUGCUUAGUUUAGAUGGGGAAAGGGUAUAGCUCAUGAUUUGCUUCUUUACUUUAAUUGAUCACCAUUGUUAGAUAUUUAGGGGAAUAUACUGUUUCAAAAGAAUUUGCACAGGAUAUGACUCUGUUUAGAGAUACUGACAAAUUUUCUCAUGGAGUCUAUAAGCAGUUCACCAAGUUAGUAUUGAUUUUUAAGUUUAAGAUUAGCAUGAAGGAACAUGAAAUAUUUGCAAUAGAUAGAUCUAUAGAAGAUUUUGUGUAUGACAUUAAUAGCUUGACAACAAUUUGGGGAAAGCUUUGAGAAUGUGUCUAUUUUAGCUUUAGUUCUUGGUAUAUUUAAUGGAGAAUGCUUCUCCAUCUUGAGAAAUCAAGGAGACCGAUGCUUUAUAUUCAUAUGUAUUAGUAAUCAGAGCAUUUUCCUUUUGCUGUUGAUAUUUGAAAUGACACCACAGUAUGAGUAGAACUUUUAUUAAUCUUUUUUGGGUAUUUAGCAAUAUUGUACAAAUUCCAUUUCUUUUAGAUUUUACUGUAAAUAUCAAUCACCGUGUCACUUCAAAGACUAACAUUUUAUUGUUAUAUUAAAUGACAUACAUUGAUAAUUAUAAUUAUAUAUCUGUAUUUUAUU